CUUAAAUGCCUUACAUGCCUUACAUGCCUGAGAUGUCUGUAUGCCUUAGGUAUACAUCUUAUGCCUUAGGCAGUUAACAAGGCCACCAAGACAUCCCGCCCUGCUCCACUCGUUCCCGCCGGAUGCUCGCCGCGACGCCGCCUUGCCUCUUUUGCACUGGUGCGGCUCCUCCAAUCGGAUUCCCCAGAUGCAGCUCUUGAAGGUCCCCGAUCCUCCUCGCCCGCGGCUCCUGGAAGUCCUAAUCCUGCUCCGCAAACAUUCCUCGAUAUCCCCUCGACCUCCCGACCACGACUCUGACCCAGACCCAGACAGUCCAUCAAUCCAUGCGGCGAGACCACAGAUUCUUCUAGAUUGAGACCCUGACGAACCCGUCGCGCCAAAGCCACGAACCACUCAAUGACGCUGUGCCCGCUGCCACGACAGCAGAUAGCUCCCCCUUCCUAUGCCCAAGCAGGCAGGCAUCCACAAGCAAUCUAUCCUGGAGCCGGUGCCAAUGUCUCGGGAUGCCCUGAGCAGGGUCAGGAUGAGAGGUGAGGAGGUCACGAGCACGAAGACGAAGACGGAAGACGAGGAGAAGGAAGAGGCCACGUCCCCUUGCAGCGCGAAGGCAGAUCAGAAACGCUGCAAAGAAGAUGCAGAUGCAGGUUGGCGAGCUACAGAUCCUGGCUGGGGGCCGUUGCUGACUGCGAGGCUCGUUUUGUCUUGUCUCUGUGGUCCCGUCGAUGCUCGUCGAUCCUCGGCGUUGUGUCAUUGUUCGUCGAGAGACCAUCACGCGGCAAUCUGUCAGCGUAACGCGACAUGCACAGCAUCAAUACGCCUUAAUGCUUCUCCCGAGGAAGUCCGCGCCCCUGAAAGCGGGCCUGAGGGCUGUGUUUCAUCGAUCAAGACUCGGAUGCGUGCUUCUCCCUCUCCCCUAUCUUGCGGAGUCCCCUCCGACCCGGAGUUGACUGUGCCUUGUGAGGAUGGCAAUCCCAAAAAGAAGGUCCUUGAACCAACAUUUCUCAUGCCCCAAGCCAAUACGGGCGCGGCGGUUGGGAUCUCGGAGGCGUGAGACUUGGAUAUGUGCAUGCGUCACUGGAGGUGAGAGUAUGCCUGUCCCUUGUCACGCCCUUGUUCCCUCGACGCCAAGGGCUCUAAAUACUAGUCAGGUGCCCAAGCUACAAAAUGGCUUGCUUGCUUGCUUGAUUGCCCCGCAAACAGAUGCAAACUGGGAUAUGCCGCCGGACAUCUCCGCAAGAACCACAAGCUGACGAGGUCUUGAGAGGGAUAGGGGGCCCCCGGUCUCAAGGGCUCGGCAGUGGUAGCACGAGGUUGACGAGCUAACUGUCUUAGGCCCAUGCUCUUAAUGCUCGCUCUUAGCCUCUAUAAUAAUAGUUUAUCAGUUGUGGAAUGUGGGGCUGCGUCAAGAACUCUAUCCCGUCCAUGACUUCUGGACCACACAUCCCUCUAUUGAGAACCCACCACGAG